GGCGCCGGCGAGCGGCUGAAGCGGGAGGGUCGGGAGCGGUAAGGAGCUGUGGAGGAGUGAGCGGGUCCGCCAUGGGGACGCAGGGCACCGGGCGAAAGCGGCUGCCGAACCGGGAGCGGCUGACGGCGGAAGACGAUGCGCUCAAUCAGAUCGCCCGUGAGGCUGAAGCAAGACUUGCGGCAAAGCGAGCGGCACGGGCAGAGGCACGGGAGAUACGAAUGAAGGAACUGGAAAGGCAGCAGAAGGAGAUCUAUCAAGUUCAGAAGAAAUAUUAUGGUCUGGAUACUAAAUGGGGAGACAUCGAGCAAUGGAUGGAAGACAGUGAGCGUUAUUCCCGUAGAGCCCGAAGAAAUGCCUCGGCUUCGGAUGAAGAUGAGCGCAUGUCAGUGGGUAGCCGUGGAAGCCUGAGGGCUGGAUUAGAGAAUGAGAGGACCAAAAAGAAGAACUACUCCAAAGCAACCAAUGGUUAUGAGGAAGACAUGUAUGGAUCAUCCCAGAGUAGAAAAUCUAGCAGGCCCUCCUUGCUGUACAGCGAUGCCCUGCCAGCCAGAAGUUACAGGGCGUCUGUGUAUGACGAGAGCAUUUACAGUGGGAGUCGUCGGUAUAGUGCCUCUAGUUCUCGUGCUCCUUCUGAGUACAGCUGUUACCUUGGUUCGGGAUCUCGAGCAUCCUCAAGAGCCAGCUCUGCUCGGGCCAGUCCAGUGAUUGAAGAAAGGCCUGAAAAAGACUUUGAGAAGGGAGCACGCACGGUCUCCAGUUUGUCAGCAGCUACCUUAGCUUCUCUGGGUGGGACUUCUUCACGAAGAGGCAGUGGGGAUACCUCCAUCUCAGCUGAUACAGAGGCAUCUAUUAGAGAAAUUAAGGAUUCUCUAGCUGAAGUCGAGGAGAAAUAUAAGAAGGCUAUGGUGUCAAAUGCUCAACUAGACAAUGAAAAAACAAACUUCAUGUACCAAGUAGAUACCCUGAAGGAUGCACUCUUAGAGUUAGAAGAGCAGCUGGCAGAAACCAGGCGGCAAUAUGAAGAAAAAAGUAAAGAAUUUGAGAGGGAGAAGCAUGCUCACAGCAUAUUGAAGUUCCAGUUUAUGGAAAUCAAAGAGACUUUGAAGCAGAGAGAUGAAAUGCUUGCAGAAAUCCAACAGCUGCAACAGAAACAGCAGAGCUAUGUCAGGGAAAUUUCUGAUCUUCAGGAGACAAUAGAGUGGAAAGACAAAAAAAUAGGGGCAUUAGAGAGGCAGAAAGAUUUCUUUGAUUCCAUAAGGAGUGAGCGGGAUGACCUUAGAGAUGAAGUGAUUGUGCUGAAGGAGCAACUGAAGAAACAUGGACUCAUCCCAGACUCUGACAUAGCCACUAAUGGGGAGACAUCAGACAUUCUUGAUCAUGAAGGACACUUGGAUUCUUCCAAAGCUGUUCCAGGCACAACUCAAGCAUUAAAAGCAGGAGGGGAUGGGAUGCUAGGAAAAACCAAUGAAGUGGACAUGAAAAAUGAGAUUUUGGAGGAUUUGGGGAAAAAAGAAAUCUUGCAGAAUACUGAGCAUGAGGAACACAAAGAGGAGUCUGAGGAGCAGGAAGUACAGACAUUGCGUGCUGAUGAAAAUGUAAAGGCAGAAAAAUGGGCUGAAGAACAUGAUGCUCUGUCAACAGUGAUGUUAUCAGAUAGUAGGUUUACAGAACAAAUUCAAAGCAUUACAGAACAUGUCUCAGGAAAUGCUUCUUCAAAUGAUGACAGUGACAUGGAUGACUUGAGAAAGGAGACUGAGUCUGCAGGCACUGUUAGUAUGGAGGCUGAACACCAUGGGGUAAAUGCAAGGACAAACCAGACCUUGGAGGUAGGCUUUCUACAAGGUCAUCAGGCUGUUGAGAUUUCUCUCGAAGUGCCUAGUAACUUAGGUACAGAGCAUGAACUGGGAAAAGCUGCACCUGAACAGAAAGAACAAGAGGAUUUUAAAACUAGCCAUGCCCUGAGUGAUAAUGAAAUGGAUCAGGAAGCUAACAUUACAAGUGAGAGCUGUGAGUUGGUUUCCAAUCAGGCAGAGCUACUAGAGGUUAGAUUUGAGGGCUUGCUUAGUGAAGAGGUAAACGCAAAGACUCAUACUGAGGGACUCUGUCACUCAGAAGAAAAUGCUGAAAACAAGGUUACAAAUGACUCUGAGAAAAAUCUUGUUGAAAGCAAUGACUGUGCUGAUGGAAGAACUGAUAAAAUGGGAGAUAAUAGAACAGAAGAAGCAAAUGAGGUUGUGAACACAGCUGAGGGUCAGCUGAGUGAAAUAGAGUCUGUGGAUUUGGAGGGGACAAAGUCAUAUGAAAGUGAUGUCUCGGCAAAUACAAGUGAGAAAGAAGGCAGAGGAGAUCAGGCACAUGUCCAACCAGUUUCUGCAGAGGACAGUGCUUCAGCAUCAUCAGAGGAACAAAAUAAGCAAGAUAAAACUGAACUUGAAAAUGGUAUAGCUGAGAAGGAUGGACAGAAGGAAGUGUUAAUAGGUGAGUUGGAGAUGUGUUCAGAUUCUGCAGAAACAAGCAAGCGAGAUAAGGCCGAUGUUGAGGCUGCAGGCUGUGUUACUGAGGAAAAAGAAAGCAUGCUGCAGCAGGCAGAGCAAGACACAGAUGUCGUGAAAGAGGUGAUGACUCAAGAAACUAGUUUAGAACCAAGUCUCUUAGAUGACAAAAUUAAGGAGUUAAAAUUGGAAACAGGGGAUGAAUCUGAGAAAGGACAGGAAAGUAGGACAGAACAGGCAGAAAAAGUAAAGCUAGAGGUAGAAGUUCAAACAGUUCAGUGUAGUGAAGAAACAACAGGUGAUACAGUGGAAGAGAAAAAUUAUCCAUUAGAAAGUGAAGUACAGAAUAUAGCUAGACAGGAGGAGGGUGGAUAUAAAGAGGAGUUGGUUGUAGAUUUUUGUGUAACUACAGAAAGCAAGAUUGAUAAAGAAAUACUGAAAGAAAAUGAUCAAGAGUUAGAGCUUGAAGACCAUCAUGAUGGUAGACUUGCUUCUGAGGAAGGUGCAAAUAACUGCCUGGUGAAGAAAGCUGAGCAGGGUGAAAACGAUAGUGAAGAAGUUAAUUUGGAGGGCCAAGCAGAGGAAAGACUGGAAGAUGAUGGUGAUGCGUUUGAUUUCGAUGAAGAGGCAAAACAAAUACUAGAAAAAGAUGAAAAAUGUGAUGGAGAGAAAACUGAAAUGGAGAAAGGAGAGGGUGAUGGAGCAAAUGGUGCUGUUGAGAAGACUGCUCAAACAGAUGAAGAUGGAGAAGGAACAAACAAAAUAGAAACCAAAGGUGCCUUGACUGAAGAUGACAGCUUGCAGCAGAAAAAAGAUGAGCCUGAAGAAACGGUGUGCUUGCAAGGGAAAAUAUCAGGGAAGACUGAUGAGAAGACUGAUGUAAUGGAAGAUGAAAUCAGUGCAUCAGUUUCUAAUAAAGUGGAAAACAUAUCAGAUGAAUGUGUUUUGGAACAGGAUUUGGAAAGUGCUGGCAAUACCAGGGAUGAAAGCAAGGAGGAUUUUCAGGGUGGUAGAAGGGGUAAGGGUAGAUCCAGAGAUGACUGUACAGUAUCAUAACUUCACAAUCUGAAUGCUAUGUGAGUUGCAUGCUGUUGGAUCAGUCCCAGUAAAGAAGCUUGCACUUUACACAAUAUAUCAGGCCUUAGGAAUACUCUUAAAGUUUUUUCUUUAUAGGUAACUCUUGUCAUAAUACAACAUUAUGUAUGUGGUAAUGAUGCAAGUAUUAAGUUAUUCACUGACAUACCUAGCCACAAGAAAUUGUGCCUGGGUUUGCUUUUGCUGUGUCUCAGGUUUAAAAUUUAUCACCAAAAGAGCAAGCUUCACAAAUCAACUAUUCAGACUAUCUUGCAAUUAAAGUAUUUUAGUGUGAAUAACUGCUACUGAGGAACACUUACAGGAAAGUCUUUUUUUCCCCCUAGCCUAUAUGAUGGAUGUCUUGAAUGUGCUUAUGUGCAGUGAGUGUAUGUGAACUUUUGUGUACUUCUGCACAUGAGCACAUUAAUACUUCAUGAAGGAUCUCAGUAGAUCAGCAACACCAACCUGAUGUUGAAAACAUGUUUCUUGGUGAUUAAAGCCUAGGAACCUUUGGGUUAGUUUGUUUUUUUCCUUAACAUGGAAAAAAAUAUAUAUACACACUCUCAUUCCACUUUGUAUUUCUAAUAUGGUAACAUUCCAAGGUAUAGUUAGAUCACUGUGAAUCUCCUUAGCCUGAGCACUUUUGAAAGAACUAUAUCCAACUUGGCAGAAGUGCAGCACACACAGGUCUUAGUUUACUGAAAUGAAUAAAUGUAUCCUUGUUUACUUCAUUAAGGCACUUUGCACGACAGUAGGCCUUUUACACCAUGUCUCACAUGGGGGUUUUAUUUUUUCCAAAGUGACAAUACACACUGUAAUGUGUGCUUUAGGUUUCCUGUCCAGUACUGUCUAGUUCUGAAUGUAGAAAGUAUCUAUUUUUCCAUGAAGAUUUUUUUUUUGUUUAAAUUUAAUUUCCUUAUUGCUGCUGCCUUUUUUUUUUUUCCCAUCAAACGAUGAAUCUGAAAGAAUGUUUUUAAGUCUGAAAAAAAUUCUUACCUAUUUCCUUCUGGAAAGAAGAUAACUUUAGAACUCUACAUGUCUUUAUUCUUGUUGGAUAUCAGACCAAAGAUGAUUGUUGUUAUGCAUAAAAGCUCCUUGUGCCUUUUAGAAAAGCUGGGUUGCUUUGAAUUCCUGGCAUAAGUUAGACUCUUUUACUCCUUUGGUAUAUUUCUUGUAUCUUUGCUAUAGCUUGGGAGGAAGAGCAUGUUUUGCAUACUUUAAAUUAAUUUUUAAGUUGUUUUAAGCAAUGAACAUCCCAAGGGAAUGCAGACUGCAGUGUUGGGAUUGGGAGGCUAUGGAAGGCUGUUAUUUGUGUCGUUACAAAGCUGAUGGAGUACAGACUGCAAAAGUUGAAGAUGUGUAUCAAAAUGUAUUGAGCUGUAUAUAAUUGAAAUAAACAUAUUUUAUACUUUAAA